AUUCGCCAUCACCGUGGACGACCUGGAGGACGCGCUGGAGCUGGGCGUCGGGUUCGACGGCGCGGCCAUCGAGGGUUACAGCACCGACACGGAAAGCGACAUGCGGGCUUUCCCGGACCCGACCACCUUCACGCUCCUGCCGUGGCGGCCCCGGCGCAACGCCGUGGCCCGCAUCUUCUGCGACGUGCGCACCCCGCGGGGAGAGCCGUUCAUCGGCGAUCCGCGCCACGUGUUGAAGCGCAACCUGGAGCGCCUGGCCAGCCUGGGGUACAUCUACUACGUCGGCCCGGAGCUCGAAUACUUCUACCUGCGGGACGCCGAGAAACGCCGGAACCGCUGGACACCUACGGGUAUUACGACCAGCUCUCCAGCCACCCGGCUUCUGACCUGCGACGCGACACCGUGCUCAACCUCGCCGAAAUGGGCAUCCCCGUCAAGUAUUCCCACCACGAGGGCGCGCCCAGCCAGCACGAGAUUGAUCUCCAGUACACCGACGCCCUGACCAUGGCCGACAACGUAAUGACCGCCCGCAUGGUCAUCAAGGAACUGGCCCAACAACAGGGCGUCUACGCCUCAUUCAUGCCCAAGCCCUUUUCCACCUCCAACGGCAGCGGCAUGCACACCCACCAGUCGCUGUUCCGGGGCAACAGCAACGCCUUUUACGACCCGGACGACGACCUCCAUCUGUCGGUGAUCGGCAAGCGGUUCAUCGCCGGCCUGCUGCGGCACGCGCCGGAAAUCACCCUGGUGACCAACCAGUGGGUGAACUCCUACAAGCGGCUGGUGCCCGGCUACGAAGCGCCCGUGCACGUGUCCUGGACCAUGUCCAGCCGCCUGGAUUUGAUACGGGUUCCGUCGUACAAGGCCGGCUACGAAACCUCGCUGCGCGUCGAGUACCGCGCCCCGGAUCCGGCCUGCAAUCCGUACCUGGCGUUCAGCGCACUGCUGGCCGCCGGACUGAAGGGCAUUGAGGACGAAUACCCGGUGCCCUCGCCCAUCACGAGCGACGUCGCGUCCAUGUCCGCCGAGGAGCGGACCGCGCGUGGCAUCGGACGCCUGCCCACCAGCAUGGGCGAGGCCAUAACACUGGCGGAAAACAGCGAACUCCUGCGCGAAACCCUCGGCGAUUUCGUUUACGAAACGCUGAUCCGCAACAAGAAGCAGGAGUGGGAGCAAUACCGCUCCACGGUCACCGACUACGAGAUUUCACGUUACCUGCCGUUGCUGUAG